GAUUCGUUGUACAGCAGUAGCUGUUGCUUCCGCGGAUGGCGCUACCGAUGGCGUAGAGACGCCGCAAUUGAUUAGAAACCACUAUUAUAACAAAAAUCGCAUUACUUCAAAUUCUGUAUAUCAUCAAUACGAAACUUUCCCGCCAUUUCAGUGGUGCUCAAUCAGCAUCAUGAGACUGAUAACGACGAUUGUUGACGAACCAGUGUACUGCAGCAGGUGCAUCACACGACAAAAAGUGCAUCGACUUCGAAAACUUAUAUGUCGAGAAUGGUAAGUCUCUCUCUUUAUAGGACACAAAGAUUAAAAUAAUGUAUACAUACUUUGAACCCGUCGUGACUGUUAUCGUAGCUUAUCAGUACGUUUAAAGUUAUACGAAUGCAAUCAUUGUGGUUAAAGGAAGUUCGUUUCUUUCAUUCGUUCUUUGACGGCAGAACUAACUGUACUCUCGAAGCACGAUUUUAACAGGUAACUGAUGUAAUAUUCCCGAUACACGACGAGAAAUAAAAUGGAUCCAAGGGGCCCUCCUGAGGGGGCCCCUGCUAACUCCUUCGAGAUUCCAAACAUUGAUAAAGUGUCAGAGACUCUAGUAAAUUGGCCCACUGAUCAUUCGCUCCCCACGUCAGUGUGCGAACAACCGAAAAAAAUGAGUAAUAAAUUGUUGUUCUUAACUGUGGAGUACGUGGAAGAUCAGUCCCGAGAAUAUUCUCGUUUAUUUCCGACGUACGAACAGGUUUCAUUUUCUCCCAGAGCUUCUUCUCCGCUUUCUGAUUUUGAACACCGCGUUAGUCCUCUUGACCCAAAUAUGAGUUCGGCUGCUAGGUAUUCGCCUACACCGGUACAACUUCCACCAUCUCCUUUUCAUAAUUCUGUUGUUGUUCUACAAGGUCCUUCUUCUCCUUUAAUAUCUCCACCUGGGCCAAAUGAAAGAACCAAUGUAAACUAUGUCUCUCAAUUGACACAUUCGAUUGGUACACAGAGUGUACAACAGACAGAUAAUCCGACCGACUUUGUUGCCAAUGAAAAUGCAGAACAGUUGGUUUCUAGCGUUGGUAGCGAAUUGAUUUUGAUGCAAGAAUCUAAUUCUGGAUUAGAAUCAUCAACUGCCCCAUUAAUGCUAACAGGAAUGCCAAGCACGGAUUUUACAUUGAGUAGGGACUUUCUUGUUAUGCCAGAUGACCAAAUAAAUGUUAUAAAUUCGUUUAAAACUCAGAACCUUGAUGUGGACGAAUCUAUGCUCUCAUCGACCGCAGAAAAUUCCAACAAAGAGAAUAACACGGAUUGUUUAACACAGUUAAAAGAAGAGCAAGAAAUUGAUGAAAUUUUAAUCACCGCGAAAGAAGAGAAUAAUGUUGAGAAACAGAACGUUAGACGUUCUAAGCGUCGUAUAAAUGAUAAAAAAAAUUUUUGUUGCGACGAAUGCGACGAUAUCUGUAUUGGGGAUAAUUGCUCUUCGCAUAAUAUAUGCACAAUAGCGGAUCAACCAGUACCGUCUCGUGCUAUAGCAACACUGCCAGGAUCGUAUCUUUACAUAAACAAAUUGUCCAGUUCUGAAAUUGUAUUAAGCGGAUCUGAUUAUGGAGUAUUUGCAAAACGUUAUAUACAAAAACGUACUAGAUUUGGUCCCAUAGAGGGUAUCUUGUAUCCUUAUGACGGUACUCCGUUUAAAAACCAAUUGCCGUUACUUUAUGAAACGGAAGACGAAGAACUUUUAAAAAUAGAUGUCUCGAAUGAAAAUGCUUCGAAUUGGAUGCGUUUCGUGAGACCCGCGUUAUCGUAUAAAGAACAAAAUCUAGUAAUUUGUCAACAACGCGAUGGAAUAGUAUUUUUAACUACCAGGAGCAUUUUACCAAAAGAAGAAUUAAAGGCUGGUCCUAGCACCGAUUAUGCGAUACGUCGAAAUUUAACAAUGCUAACACCCAUGCAAGAAACUAAAGACGACAAAGAUUUCAAAAAUCAAUUAUCUGCAUGGCCACGACCGGAAGAUAAUCGAUCCCGUCGUAUGAAAGCAUUUCGUGGCAGAAAUUUAAAAGAGAAGGAAAACUCAAGACGAAAUAAUUCCAAAGAAUGGAAAUGUUCAGUUUGCUUAUUGAUAUUUAAAAAGCCAAUUUUACUUAACUUACACGCUCUCGUUCACGGUAUCGACAAAAUGACGACCAAAAUUCACUCUACGGUUUGUCCACAGUGUGGAUUACAUUUUCAAAAGCAGAAAGAAUUGAUUAAUCAUAUCUCGCAACAUGGAAGAUUAUCUUUAACAAAAGCGAAAAGAUUGACCUCUCUAUCUACGUAUAAGUGUUCAAUGUGUUAUAAACGUUUUGCUACGAAAGUACGAUUACAACAGCACUGUUUGGUGCAUGGUGCGGAAGACCAAAAGCCACUGCCAUGCAACAUUUGUUUCAAACGAUUCAUGAACAACUCGGCGCUAUCUUGUCACUUAAAAACUCACAGAGAAAACAAGCAAGUGUUCGAGUGCCCGAUGUGUCGACAGCUAUUUAGCCAAAGUAUCGCGUUGAAAGAUCAUAUUGAAACGCAUAAGAAAGAGGAUGGUACCUUUAGCUGCCCUUACUGCCAAAGAAUAUUUAUUAAAUAUUCUGUGAUCCGUAAGCAUAUUAGAUCGCAUCAUUGCGAAAGAAAGCACAAAUGUCAAGUUUGUGCUAAACGAUUUGCUACGAUCGACAAAUUACAAAUGCAUUUACUGAAACAUUCUGAUCACAGACAGUUUCACUGUGCAAAUUGUGGGAAGCAAUUUAAGAGAAAAGACAAAUUAAAAGAGCAUAUAAUGAAACUGCAUAAUUCACAAACGGCUACCGAAGAGCAAAUGUCACGAGUUACACAAACGAAGAAAUUCGUUCCAAAGGUAAACCCUAACGACUAUAACCGUUUCGUUUACAAAUGUCACCAAUGUCUAGUAGGGUUCAAACGAAGAGGAAUGCUUGUUAAUCAUUUGGCAAAACGUCAUCCCGACGUUGCGCCGGAGUCUGUACCAGAAUUAAAUUUACCAAUUCUACGCCAAACGAGAGAUUAUUACUGUCAAUACUGCGACAAGGUCUACAAAAGCAGCAGUAAACGUAAAGCACACAUUAUGAAAAAUCAUCCAGGCGCUGCUUUGCCACCGAGCAAUAGACAGAAAGAAUCUGUAUACUCUGAUCUACCGAAUCCAACAUUUAGUCAAACGGUUGGUAGUAUUACAACCACGCCUCAGGGUUGUCAGUGGUGCCACAAACAAUAUGCUAGCAAAGCAAAACUUUUACAACAUCAACGUAAGAAACAUUCGAAUUUGAUGGAACCCGCUGAUCAAGUUCCGCGGUCACGUAAUCGACAGUCUCAAAAUCAAAAUCAACCGCCCGUACUUAUCGAGGAUCACUUCGUGCUAUCUGAUUAUAUCCAAGCGUGCGAUACAGAUUCGGAUUUCUUCAAACCGAAAAUAAUAAAAAUAUCUAACGACGUUGAUCUUAUAAGUAAUGGAUUGGAACUUGUUGGACAACAAUUUGUUCGUAUGCGUGACAUACGUUGAAAAGAUCCGCGGCAACCUCGUCGCGAGGUCUUGUCAAUUUAUUGAGAUAUGAAUCUCAUGACUUUGUGCACAGUUGAGGUACACUGUGCUUUUUGCUGCCGUUGCCACGUCGGGGCAUCGUUGCCCGCAAGGUGCAAUCGAUGCUCAACGGGGAAAUAUUUGGUACGCAGCUUUGUUGGCGUCAGUGCGAAACACUUGGCGCUAGUUUGUUGGUUGUACGGUUGACAAUGACGUCACUACCGUCAUUCGUGUUGGAACGGAGUUACACACUAUUUUACGAAAACUUUCGAGCCAUUGAAGGUAAACACAAGAACAAAGGUUUAAAUUUAAAAACACAACGAGAAACAUAAACAUGGAGAUUUAAGACUAAACACAAUGGGAAACAUGUAGUUAUUGAGAUCUUUGCUCAAGGUAUUAACAAGUACGGAGCGCAAGAACGUAGAACAAGUCCUUAAUAUCGUCGGUACAUCUCUGACAUUCACUCUAGUAGUUUCUUUUUAAAUUUUAAAAAAGCUUUCGAUUCGAUGUGAC